GCGUUUGCUACGGAGGGUGGGGGGGUGGUGGCGGGAGCGGUUCGUUUUUUUUCUACCAUGUAAAAAAAAAAAAGAAGAAAAACCAUCAGUGUGAAAAAGUAUAAAAGGUACAAGCUAGAGGAGAAGUGCGACAGUUAGCGGUUCGUUACAGUUUUGAGGUGUUUGUCCGCGAGGAGCGGCGGAUGGCGGACUGAGUCACUGAGAACCCGCCUGAGGAAACAGAACGAUACAAUGCAAGUGAAUAAUGGCCCUGCCCCCAUUUUUCUGCCUCCAUCCAAUGGAAGCAAUCAUCGACCACCAGGGUAUGUCCCAGGCAGAAUUGCCCCCGUACGCUCACCUCCACCGCCCAAGAUGGCAGCACCACCGAAACCCUCGGGAGGCAGCCAGCAUCAGGCCACUUUUGUGGUCUCUGACCAGCAAAGGCGUGAGCAUGUCCACGGCCUUGUCCAGAGGAAGAAUGCUUUCAUUUGCUGCGCCACGUCAUUGGCUGCUUUCUUCCUUGUGUUGAUCCUGGUCUUGAGUCUGACAUCUGCAGAUAUUUUGGAUGAGAACUGCCCUCAUCACAACCCUUCCCUCAGCAGCUGGAACCCAGGGCACAAUCCCCAAAAGAGAGUGGUCAUCAGGAAGGGGAAUCUCUACCGGCUGGAAUCCUCAGCCACGCUGCAGUCUAUAAUUAUCCAAAGUGGAGGACUUCUUGUCUUUGCUGAUGAUGUGAAUGGCUCCAGAAACAUCACACUGAGAACUCGGCAUAUUGCAAUUGAAGAUGGGGGAGCAUUAUACAUUGGUGCAGCAAAGUGCCGCUAUAGGUCCCAUGCAACUAUCGCUUUGGUGGGCCGCUCGGAUGAGGCAGGUAUGGAUGAUGUGCCUGGCUUCGGCAGGAAGUUUAUUGGGGUUCGUGCGGGAGGGACCCUGGAGCUCCAUGGUGUUGAGAAGCUUUCCUGGACCCUCCUAGCCAAGACUCUCCCAUCUGCGGGUCUGCCCGCUGGCGGUUAUGCCUUCCAGAAAAACUUCAGCCGUGGCAUCAACCUGCGUGUAGUGGACCCAGACACGGGUGCUGUCAUCUACACCAAUCGUUUUGACACCCAUGACUCUCAAGAUGACAGCAGGAAGCUUCAUGAACUGCUCAAGGCUCUGCCCAGAGGCCGUAUUGUGGCUAUGGCUGUGGGAGACUCUGCCGCAAAGAGCUUGCUGGAUGAGACCAAGAAGACCAUCCAAGACCUGCUUGGAAGCACUUUUGUAAAUGACCUCCAGUACAGGCAGGCAUGGGCCCUGGUGUCUGUGAUCGGUGGAGGGAAUGACUCGUGUUCUGAGGCUGUGCGUGAACAUGAGAACCAUGACACGGGUGGUCAGGCGCUGGCGCAGAAGCGGUUUGUCACUGUGGAUGGAGAGGGCUUCUCUGUCUCAGCAUACAGCGAGUGGCGAAAUGGUUUUGCCAUAUCCGGUUUCCAGGUGGAUGCGACAGACCAGGUGGUGUUGAACCUGAAGGACAACGUGCAGAGCUGGAAGCCUGGAGAUCGCAUUGUUGUUGCCAGCACAGAUUAUUCCAUGUACCAGGCAGAGGAGUUCACCCUCCUACCCUGCCUAGAGUGCAACCAAAACCAAGUCCGAAUUCAAGGGAAGCCACAGUUCACUCAUGUGGGCGAGAUCCUCGAUGGGAUUGAUAUGAGAGCGGAAGUGGCCCUGUUGACAAGGAACAUCCUUAUCCAGGGAGAGAUGGAAAACUACUGUUAUGGAAGCAACUGGUGUCACUUCUUUGGCUAUGAUUCCUUUGGAGGACAGAUUAAGAUCCUUGCAAACUUUACUGCUGUUCACCUGUCUCAUGUUGAACUGAAGCACAUGGGCCAGCAGGUGGGAGGUGGCUACCCCCUUCAUUUCAGCAUGUGUGGGGAUGUGGACGAGCAGGGGGGCUAUAGCCUGCCCACUUAUGUGGAGGCUCUUUCCAUCCACCACUGCUUCUCUCGCUGCAUCACUGUCCAAGCCACCCACGGCCUACUGAUAAAAGACGUCAUUGGUUAUGACACGUUGGGGCACUGCUUUUUCCUGGAGGAUGGCAUUGAACAGAGGAACACCUUCUUUCACAACCUGGGCCUGGUUACUAAGCCAGGCACUAUUCUACCCACGGAUCGCAAUGAGACCAUGUGCACGUCUAUUCGGAACAAGGUGUAUGGGAAUUAUGUUCCUGUGCCAGGAACAGAAUGCAAGGCCGUGUCCACAUUCUGGAUCGCCAACCCAAACAAUAACCUCAUCAGCAAUGCUGCAGCAGGCUCCCAGGAUGCUGGCAUCUGGUACAUCUUCCACAGUGCGUCAACUGGCAAGUCCCAUGGGCUCAUCCCUGAGACAAAGGCAGAGCUCACACCACUGGGGAUCUUCUUCAACAACCGGGUGCACUCCAACUUUAAGGCUGGCCUUUUCAUUGAUAAGGGGGUGAAGACAACAAAUGCGAGUGCCACAGACCCCAGAGAAUACUUAUGUCUGGACAACAGUGCCAGAUUCCGUCCGCACGAGAAUGCAGACCCAAAGCGACCACGCGUUGCAGCACUCAUUGACACACUCAUCUCUUUUAAGAACAAUGACCUGGGUGCUUGGAUCCGUGGUGGUGAUAUUGUCAUUCAGAACUCAGGAUUUGCAGACAAUGGAGUUGGGUUAUCCUUUGCAAGUGAUGGCAGCUAUCCAAAGGAUGAGGGCUCCAGCCAGGAGGUGUCCCAGUCCCUGUUUGUGGGCGAGAGCAAAAACCGCGGCUUCAACGGGGGCCAGAACAAGUACUGGGGCGUCGGCGGGGUUGACGGGAAGCCCAGAACUCUGCCAAGGAACAAGACCUUUCCCAUUCGAGGAUUCCAGAUCUAUGAUGGUCCAGUCCACCUGACAAGCAGCACGUUUAAGAACUUUGUCCCAACUCCAGACCGGUUCACCAGUGCCGUGGGCUUCAACUUGAAGAACACCUGGCAGCUCACUCCAAGGAAUAAUGUUUCCUCCCUUUUGUUCCUUCCUAGUAACUCUACUCUGAAGGCCUUCUUUGGCAAACCUGGGCAGUGGUUUGAGGACAAUGACCUAGAUGGCGAUAAGAACUCCAUCUUUCAUGAUGUUGACGGUUCCGUGACAGGCUUCCCAGACUCCUAUGCUGGCAGGCUGGAUAAUUUCCUCAUUCGCCACCCAGACUGUAUAAACAUCACAGAGUGGAAUGGAGUGGUUUGCAGCGGCAGGUAUUCUCAGGUAUACAUUCAAACCCAGGGGGCCUCCAACCUCACCUUGUCGAUCAGUAGGGAUGAAUACCCAAACAAGCCCAUGGUGCUGAGGGGGGUCAACAGCCAGUCAGCUACUUCCCAGCAGUACCAGCCGAUACUAAUGAUGGCAAAGAGCUAUACCCUACACUGGAACGGCCGUGCCCCCCGUGAGGUUGUGAUGUCACUUAUCAACUUUGACAAAGGAGACUGGGUCCAGGUUGGCCUUUGUUACCCCUCAGACACCACGUUCCAGGUCGUGUCUGAUAUUUAUGACCGCCAGAGCAACAUAUUUGACAACUUGGAGGACUACAAGUCUGUGGGAUCCCUGACAGACCUUGAGAAGAGUCCUCUGGACAGGACAUACUACUUUGACAGCAGCACAGGACUCCUGUGGCUGUCUUUGAGAGCGAGGCACAAUAGGGAUGGUCACAGCUACUGCUCUAGGAAGGGGUGCGAGAGGGUCAAGAUCACUGCCACCACCACUUCCAAGGAAACCAGCAACUGCAUGUUGAAAGCCUACCCAAAGUACACUAAACCUCCUAAAGCCACCGUUCCCAUGCCAUCUCUGAAUACAGCUCUUUGCACUGAGUGCGGAGCCUCAAAGCUGAUCUUCACAAGUGAUCCUGAAAACACCUACCUCCAAGUUCAGAUUAAGUCCCUCAGCCAUGAGGGACAGCAAAAGGGUGAUGCUGAAUCCUUCAUUGUGGUGAAUCGUGAGAGGUUCUCCUUCACAGCCCCUGGUUUCUUCCUGGUCACCGUGGAUGCAUGCACUGGCAGAGUCAUAAAGAAGUCAUUGUUCCCCAAAAUGGAUGCAGCAAUGAAACAGUAUUUAGAAAGUGAAAUCCCAAAAAGCUCUAUAGUUCUCCUUGGAACAAGAGGACAGCUUAAUAGCCAGGGUGACAUUGCCCCUUACCUGGUCCCAUUAGGAACCGCUAGAUCAGCAGACCUGAAAAAUAAAGAGAGCUUGGCAUUCUUUGGAUUCCAUGGGUCUAGCAUGUUGCCUCCUUGGGUGGGACUGUUCACCAGCCAAACGGGUGAGACACUGGGCCUGCUGGAGAAGUAUAUUCCCCUGGGUCUUUUGGAGUAUGAGUGCGCACAGCCUGAUCAGAUGAAACGGAAAGAUCUGGAACUUCUGAAGAAAGUUCUAACUAAAGUGUAAAUUUCAACUUUUCUAGAAAAUGUGAAAACUAGAAUGAAUGUGAACGUGAGAAUUUGAUUUAUUUAUGGCAGAAAUGUUUAUGUAUAGAGUGUAUUUUUUUUGUGUGAUGGUGAUAAAAGUAUGUGUCGCAGUUGCCAUGUAAUGCACUUUCUCCAAGACCAGUCCUGUGCCAAAACUAAAGUGGCAUAUUAAAAGACAAAGCCAAAAUCUUUCAAGCCAUGUUUUCAGGUUUAUGAAGUCUCCUUUGUUUACUGUGCCCAAGGACAAAACAUCCUGUUUGGUGCAGAUGUGAGAUGAUGUAUACACAGAGAAAACAAAAAUAAUAAGAAUAGACUUUUUGAAACCAUCAUUAUUUUAUUUGCAGUUUUUGCACAGCUCAUUGUUUUCAUAUAGAAAAAAACAGAACUAUGGAUUUUCCUGUUUUUGAAAUUUGUGUGAUUCUUAAAUGUUUAUAUAGACAGUAAGAGAUGAAGUAUUGGUUGUGUAGUUUUUUUGUGGAGUUUAAUAUUGAGAAUUUCUUUCACUCUUUUUAUCAUCUCAAAAUGCAAAACUAAUUCAGUACAUGGGCUGUCUUUAAGAAUCUAGAGCAGGCUCUGUAUAGCAGAGUUAGUAGUUAAUUUCUGGUCGAUACGACACUGUGCUGCUCUGCAGAAUUCCAUCACAGCAGCCCUUUCUUCAGCCAGUGUCCUGCAAGUGAUGCUCUGCCAAUAUACUUCAGAACUUUCAGGUGAUCAUUUGGAAACAUAAAGAAAUUGAUUUCCAGAAACAUUCUGUUAUUGUGAAUUCCUUCACUGGAAGAUACUGUCUGCUUUUUAACCACUGAAAUGUAUAAAAAACUCUCUUGUGUCUUCAUUGUUUUAAAAGGAGAAACACAUUGAAUUGUGAUCAUUUGAGGUUUGAACUUGUUGCUUUUCGCAGCACAUGUAGAUCCUUAAGCAUUUUGUGUAAUUUGAUUGCUAUGUAUGAGUAGUUGAUGUUCAAAAAUGUUUCAUAUAUUUGUAAAAUUUUGGAAUUUUAAACCAGACUUUCCCUUUGCUACUACAGUGUA